AUGACAGAGCCAGAUUGGGUGCCAGAACCUGAAGCGCCGGAGCCUGAAGCGCCGGAGCCACUAGGAGCGACAGACCCAGAUUGGGUGCCAGAACCAGACGCGCCGGAGCCAGAAGCGCCAGAGCCACUAGGAGCGCCAGAUCCAGAGGAGCCACUAGGAGCGACAGACCCAGAUUGGGUGCCAGAACCAGACGAGCCCGAGCCAGAAGCACCGGAGCCACUAGGAGCGACAGACCCAGAUUGGGUGCCAGAACCAGACGCGCCGGAGCCAGAAGCGCCAGAGCCACUAGGAGCGCCAGAUCCAGAGCGAGCGCCAGAUCCAGAGGAGCCAGAUUGGGUGCCAGAACCUGAAGCGCCGGAGCCUGAAGCGCUGGAGCCACUUGGAGCAACAGAUCCCGACUGCGCACCGGAGCCAGAAGCGCCAGAGCCACUAGGAAUGACAGAGCCGGAGCGAGCGCCAGAUCCGGAGGCGACAGAGCCAGAGCGAGCGCCAGAUCCAGAGGGGGCAACAGAUCCCGACUGCGCACCGGAGCCAGAAGCGCCGGAGCCACUAGGACCUGAAGCACCGGAGCCUGAAGCGCCGGAGCCACUAGGAGCAACAGACCCAGAUUGGGUGCCAGAACCUGAAGCGCCGGAGCCUGAAGCGCCGGAGCCACUAGGAGCAACAGAUCCAGACUGA